AUGGCGGCAUCAACAUUGACUAUCCGAGGUCCGGAAGGCAAACAAGUCUCAGUUUCUACAGGUCUUUUCAUUGAUAAUACAUUCAUUCCAUCCCUCGAAGGCCAUACACUCGACAUCAAGAACGCGUAUUCCAGAGAAACUAUUGGUGUUAUCUCAGGAGCUACACCAGCAGAUGUUGACGCUGCGGUCGCCUCGUCCUACCGCGCAUAUCAGGGAAUAUGGAGGCAGACUGCAGCAGCGAAGAGAAGACAGCUUCUACUGAAACUUGCUGAUUUGAUCGAACGUGAUCUCGAAAUCUUUGGCAUCCUUGAAGGCAACGAUGUCGGAGCACUACUAGCGACAACAAGUGGUCAGCUCGGGCCAAUGGCUUGCGAAUGGAUCAGGCAUUUCGCUGGCUGGGCUGAUAAGAUAGACGGACGAAGUGCAGAUUGGGAUCAAGGGGGAGAAAGGGGGGGCUUCUCGUAUACGCGCCGAGAACCCUACGGAGUUACAGCAGCUAUCGUGCCUUGGAACACUCCCCUGAUGCUCACUUGUUGGAAGAUUGCUCCUUGCAUAGCAGCUGGGAACACGCUAAUCAUUAAACCGCCUGAGCUGGCACCCCUAUCAGCUCUGCAUCUGGCCAAGCUGAUUGCCGAAGCUGGAUUCCCACCCGGUGUCAUCAACAUCAUACCAGGUCUUGGGUCCACGGCCGGCUCUGCUUUGGCCCACCACAUGAAAAUUCGCAAGAUCGCUUUCACUGGCUCUACCCUUACCGGACGCGCCAUCUUGAAAGCCUCAGCAGAGAGCAACCUUAAAAAAGUGUCUCUCGAGCUCGGAGGAAAGAGCCCAACAAUCAUAUUCGACGAUGCUAACUUUGAAGAGGCUGUGACAUGGGCUGCAAUUGCAAUCACUGCGGGCGAGGGCGAAAUUUGCGCCGCUGGAUCCCGAAUUUACGUCCAGGACACCGUCUAUGAGAAAUUUCUGAAGGCUUUCUCUGAACGAUGCAAGAGUGCUGCGCCUGGUGAUCCCAUGGCUCCGGAAACUAACAAAGGACCUCUUAUUAGCGACCAGCAGCGGGAGAAAGUCUCAUCAUAUAUCGAAAGCGCGAAGGCGAACGGUACGCCAUUGUUGCAUGGCGGUAAGCGAAUCGGAAAUAGUAAUGCCAUCGAAAAUACAGCCUUCUUCGAUGUGCCUGAAGAUUCGCCUAUUAUGAGAGAAGAAAUCUUCGGACCAGUAGCGUCCAUCGCCAAAUUCCAUAACGAAGAAGAUGUCAUUCAAAAAGCCAACAAUUCCGAGUACGGCUUGUCCGCCGCUGUUUUCACAAGGGAUCUUGCCCGUGCGCAUCGAGUUGCGGACCGCCUCGAGAGCGGCCAGGUUACCGUCAAUGCGUGGGGCAUGUUGGCUGCUAACAUGCCGUUCGGAGGACAUAAACAAAGUGGCUUUGGCAGAGAUGGCGGUUUGGAAGCUUUCGAGGAUUGGACUACAGUCAAGGCAGUUAAAAUUGUUGUGCCGCGUUUGUAG